CUUCGUGCGGGCAGGCAGGCGUUCACUGACAUGUACACACCAUGCAGACAGACACGGCUGGAGGUCUUCCAUGGCUGGUGGCCAGCUGUGGGCGGGACCAACCAGGCGUCAACAGACGAAGCAUCCAUCGUGAUCCGUCCGCUUGUCUGUCUGUCUGUCUAUCUGUGCUUUUUUAGUGUCAGUCUGCUUGCGGUCACUCUCAGACUCUGUCUGUCUGUCUGUCUGCUAUAUCCAAUUGGCUAUAUCCGCCAUCCAGCUAAGCCAUCACUCACCAACCUGGCGGCACAGACAGAGCAGACAGAGGAAAGCUACCAGUGCCCUCCCCUCCCUCCCUCCCUCCCUGCCUGCCUCCCUCACCUCGAUCACUGCAUGUCAUCGGUGUUGUCAGGGUUGCUGUUGCUAUUGUUGUCGGCAGCUGUUGGCCCUCCAGCAGCAGCAGCAGCACUGCACACACAGAGUGAGAGGCACGAGAGCGGUGCGACUCCUCUCUUGAAUGCAUGUGCCCACCUGGGUGCGGCCAUCUCAUUCAUCUCAUCGUCCAUGUCGUCGUCCAUCUCAUCGUCCCUGCACACAGGCAAAGGCACCAUACAUGUACACAGAGGGAGACACAAGAACGGUGUGUCUGUCUUGUCUCUGGCGUGUUGACGUGUGUACCUGUGUGUCCUCUGCCUGCGCAUGCCAGCGAUGAAAGUGAGGAACUCGCUGAAGCCAGGGCAAAAGGGCAGGCAGCCUUCCAAUGAACGUCGAUAAUUGUUCACCCACUCAACCGCCCACCUCAUUUCUCUCUCGUCCCGUCGUCUUUGCACUAUACGCCCGAUGUGCUGGUUCAUCUCUCGGCAGUUUCUCUCCUCCGCUUCGUCCCGCUCCUCCCGCCGCUGGUCGCCCCCCUCCCCCUCGUCGCUGCUGUCCUCAUCGGCGAAUCGGCGUCGGUCGACAAACGUCGCCUCGUACUCACACUGGGUGUCGCCACUGAUAGAGAAAAGGUCGCACGAGAGAUGGCAGAGGGGUCGGAUUGUUUGCGUGGGUUGCGUCCGUGCCUGAUGAUGCUGUCUUCGCCCCACGAGGACACGAGCGAGUCCCAAUCUGAGAACUGGGGGAGGCCACCAUCCUGCACGCCACGCCACACACCACACACGACAAACAUGUGUCCACAGAGGGAUGCAGAGAGGGAUCUGGCGGGCGGGCUGACCUCAUCUUGCUCGUGUUCGGAGUUCAUGUCGAUAUCGUUACCGUCAUCAUCGAGACCACCACCACCCUCGUCAGCCUCGCCGUCCACACCGUCAUGCUCUUCUCCCUCCACACUGUACUGCUCCCCCUCCCCGCCCUCAUCGUCAGCACACUCACCACCAUCCACACCCUUAUCCUCCACACACACGCCCAGCUCGCUAUCACCCCCCUCGUCAGGACCCACUCCCUCUUGCUCCCCUCCCUCCCUGUCGCCCACCGGCCCCUCCUGCUCCUCGGUAUCUCCUCCUGGCUGUGGCUCGUCGCUGAUGUGAGCGGCCAGGUCGUCAUCUUGGUUGUCGUGUGUGUCGUGUGUGUCAUGUGUGUCUUGGGGUGGGGGAGGGGGAGGGGGAGGGGCGGGGGCAGGGGCGGGAUUGGGAUUGGGAUUGGGAUUGAGCUGUUGCUGGCCGGGGAGGCCCAGCAGCCCCACCGCCGGCAGCGGUGUGGGAGUGAAGUACUCGUACUCGAAGAAACUCAGGAAGGGUCUGGCAAACUCAGUCACCGACGUACCCACACAACGGCGGGCCACGAUGCGGGGGUUCUGCACAGGCACGCAGGCAUUGAUGGGAGAGACCGUGGGCUCUCAUCUGUCUGCAUCCUUACGUUGGAUGUGUCGCCCCGCUGUGCGCAUCGGACCUUCCAUGUGGCGCGUCGGUUGUUGCGCAGCUCGAGGCGGUACACUCGGGAUGUGGUACCCGCUCGAGGCAUCAGGAACGUGCAGUUGAGGUGGUGGUGCAGAUACGUCAGCUGGGCAAACGUCGCCGGGUGACUCUGAACACACACACACGCACACACACACACGCACACACACACGCACACACACACACGCACGCACACACACGCACGCACACACACGCACGCACACACACGCACGCACGCACACACACGCACGCACACACACACGCACACACAGAGAGAGGGAGAGAGCGAAAGCGAUGACGCAGGGCGCUUGUGUCCCCUACCCCCCCACCCCCACCUACCUUGUAUGCCUUGGCGCUUGUGCUUGGGUGCCACUUGCCACGGCCCUCACCCGCCUUGACCACCACCACCACCGGCAGACUGACGCCGUCCUGGGGGUCUGCAGCCGCGCGGGUCAUGACGGGUCGCCAGGCCUCCCAGUCGCCGCCCUCCUCGCCCACCCACAACGUCGCCAACACACGACGAACCUUACGCUGAUGACGCCACACAACGCAACGCAACACAACACACAGUGAGCAGUGGAUUGUGGCUGUGUGGCUGCCUGAAUGUGGUGACCGACCUUGGUUGAGAAUUUGGGAUCCUCAGCGACGGGGAAGGGGCCGAGGGGGUUGGGCUGAGGACCGGCAGGGCGAUCUUCGUACCAACCCUCCUCGGCGGAACGAAUGGUGCCUGAAGAUCAACGCACGCAAACACAGCAGGGGAAUGGAUGGGCCAAGAUGUGUUGUGUCCCUUGCCUGCAUUCUGCCUACCGGGCAUUUCGGGCUUGAAGAUGACCAAGUUGCGGGCGCUGUGAGUGGCGUUGAAGUGCUCGAGUCGCUGCAGCAUGUACGUGAGCCCCAGACCGGCGCGGACGGCUUUGUUGAGUCGGCGCACACGAACCAACUCGCCGACGGUCAUCUGGUCAGCCAACGCCCAGAGUGCGUCACCGGGAAGCGAACCGACGUCAAACAUCUGGCAGAUCAGCCAUACAAACGACGCUUGAUGCGGCUCAUCGCUCGCGGCUGGUCAUCUCUCUCUGCCGCCUCCGAGCUUACCUUGUGCGAUGACUUAAAAACGGGGGAAGAUUCGGACGCUGCGGCGCUCAUCCUGGCAAGCCGCUCUCCUGCGUCGACUGUACGGUGGCGCCAAAAUUCUGGGGACUGAUCGCCUUUCCCUUCUG